CCGUUCCAAUCCACGGAUAAUUUUCCUGAGUGGAAACUAGCCUUGAGGCAUUUGCGGGAUUACGGGAACAAUGGAUUACACAGGUCUGUAAGCCAAUGCAAAAUUCUCAAUAUCAAAACCAACCAAUCGCGUUAUUUGCGCAAACUGAAACGGAUGUGUAGGCUCAUGAAAUUAUAAAUAAUUUCUCAGCUUUGAAAUCACUCAGAUUACGUUAGACGUCUUUGAGUGCGUAUGUGCUAGACGUUUUUGCGUCGAUAAAAUUUCUCAGUGCCAAAUUGCGCAAAGCUGAAACAAAUUUGCGCCGGAAAUUUUGUUUCUAAGCCGAGUGAAGAAUGAAAGUUGAUUUCAAGAUCGUGUGCAUCGUCUUGUUAGCGUUCUGUUUCGUCGCAGAGAGCGAGGGAUGGUGGUCACGUAGAUCGAGCAGAUCCAGUAGUUCCAGCAGUAGUCGCAGCAGUUCGAGCAGCUCCAGAUCGAGUAGCUCCAGUAGUUCUUCAAGGUUUGUUUAAAGUUUUAUGCGGACAUGAUACUUUUACUUCCGCAAAAGGAAUUAUGUUUUCAUCUACUGUAUAGAUCAGUUUGUGAGCUUGUUUGUCAGUCAGCAUUGCACAACUAAACAUAUACAGAUAUUUUUAUUGUUGGUGUUUAUAUUUUAGGAGGAGCUCUUCUCAACGCCGUGGUUGGAGCUUUAGACGACCAAGACGUCCAAGCCCAAGGUUUGUUAACAUACGAAAAAACACAGAACGAACUUCAUUCAUUUCAGUUUAUUAAACUUUCAUUAUGUUUCUUUUUAAAGACGAUUCAGACUAUGGCCUUUCGGAAGAAAACCAACAGCCUCGCCACAAGCAAAGCCAACCAGAGGAUACAGCAAAAUAAGGCUUCCGCCAUGUUCACUUCGCUUUGGUACUCCAUGUAUUUGGUCUAAACAAGUCACCACUAAACGUCCUAGUGGUCCAACCAAAACUCCAGCAUGGUGUUCGACACUUUACGGAUUUUGUAUAGAAACUGGGAAAUCUAAAGCCCGAACUAGCAAAGCGCCUGUUAAAAUUUCGCCACCUGCAUCGCCUUUUAAGAGUUCGGGAUCCAGCUCCGAAAAUUCAUGUCCGCUACCUAAUAAAGUUAAGAGACGAAUUCCUAAAAACAUACCCGGAACAUUUCAUCAUUGCUUGGAAGCUACACCGCAACAAUGCUGCACUUACAUUUCUGGUACGCCUGGUACGAUUACAGUAGUUUUGCACGUUAUCGACAAUUGGCCAAAGUAUCUUGCAAUUGCACCCACAAAGUUACAAGUAGCAGUAAUAACAAUAGCUGGUGUUAAUUUCUUACAUAAAACCAUAAAAUGGUUGGGAACACAAGUGCAUCACAUCAGUGGUGAAAUAAAAAAAAAAGUAACGAAAAUAGAUUUAGUAGAACGACCCCUCGCCUUCGCCCUCGCCAUACUCUUAAAGUAUAGGCCUGAAUGCUCCUCAUACGUAAUACGAUGCUUGCAGAAGAGUCAUAUGUGGACAACACUUCGAAACCAGCCAGGGAAUGCCACACAUUCAGCAGCGCUUUUGUAUACUGAAGACGACGCCAUGUAUUUAAUCGAGAAAGGCGGUACGCUAGGCACCAGGAACGAUCGUAGGCAAAUUAGACGUGUGUUUUUUCUGACAUCAAAAUGGAACACCGAGAAGACCAUUACACCAGCAAAGCGGAGAACAGUCCAAGAAUAUUACCGCAAAAUGGGAGGAGGGUACAAUUUAUACGAUGACAACUGCCAUGAUGGAACAAAAGCUGUAGAACGAUUGGCUGAAUCAAGUGAUUAAUUCUCCAGCAUUUCGCACAGCAGGACUUUAAUAAACCGAAAACUUGGACCGAAAAUUUGGACUUAACAGUUGGAUGUUGCCAACACGUAGACUUUAAAGUAAUCUUAUUUAGUUUGAAAUUCAAUUGAAUUAGAGUAGUGUUUGGGUUAAUUUUAGGCUUUCAGCCGAAUUAAAUCUAGUUAGUCAUUUAGUUUGGUUUUGACUAGUUAGUUGAAUUUGGCGAGUAAUUAGUUUGGCUAGUUAAAUAAUUUAGUUUUGCUGCGAAUAUUUUAGCUCCGUAUUAUUCAGUUUUGUUCAUUUCAUUCGGUAGUUAACUAGUUUAGUUUCGUUUGUAGUUUUUCUAAUGUUUUCAGGUAACAUGAGGCAGUUAUAGUUUAUCAAUUUGGGUGUGUUGAUUGCAUGAUUCAAUUGAAUUAGUCUAGUUUGGGGUUAGUUUUGGCGUAAUUUUGCAAAGCAAGAAAGUUAGGUGCGUAUUUUUGUAAGAUCAUAAAAACAUUUACCUGAAUAACGAUGGUUUUUCCUAAAUAAAGAUGGUAAUAGAAUAUCCAUC